AUGUACGCUUUCUUGCACGCGUGUGGAAUAGAGUCGUCGAAGGUUACACUGCCAAGCCUAGUAGUUGGAUUAACGACCCCCGCACCCGUCCCCCAGCCGCUCCCCCGCCUCUCUCCCCGCACCUCCGAAGUUUUACCGGCUAGUUGGGCACGUGUAACGCCAAUUUGCAGCCUCGGCCGUUGGAUAUUUGUCGAACUAUGCGUUACACUUCUUUCUCUCUCCAUACUAAUACCCUCGCCGCCCAAUUCGCCCAUUAAUGACCGGCGCCAACCCAAAGAUGAACCACGGCAGAUCUGGACCCCCAUCGCCAAAUCCAUACGGCGCAUGCGCUGGCACUCAAGACGAGCUAGAAGGCCUGCGCCCUUUAGUCGAACUCCAGGGAUCCUCUCCCGAGCCCCGGCUUGUCCACCCACCUCCCUCUUCCCUCCACAAAGACACAUAGUCCUACCCGUCCAAGGUGCCGAUCCUAUUCUGACAACACCGCACUCCCGUCCAGCAGGAGAUGACGCCAAAGCGAGUCCGCAUUGUACUUCGCUAUCGCCACCGAAAGACACAUUAUCCGACGAUGAACUGUUCGAAGAUACAUUGGCAUCAAUCAAGGGCAGAAUCGAGACUAGAGUAAUCCGUGACAUCGCGCAGCUCAUUGUUCCUUUUGCUGAAAUUCUGGCAAUGCGCGGCGCUAAACACCUGAAGUCUCUUAGAGAGACUACCAAAGCUGGUUGGAACAAUGCUAUUCUCUUUUGCCGGCCACGCCCUCAACCAGACUAUAGCCUUGGAUUCAAGCGAGAAGCGUUUACCCAGGAACAACUACAGACGCUUUAG